AUGGGUGCGCCUGACUCGGCGGCAGGGUGCAGCCUGUGUGUGCACGUCAAGUGUGCGGGGAAGAUCCGGCGGCGGUGUGCCGCGGAGCGGGUCCGCCGCCACCCCGCCUACAGUCUGCGCAUCUGCCCGGAGACUGGACUCAGCGGGCAGAAGUUCAAGUGCGCCGAGUGCGCCAGAUUCGUCCUGCCCGACGCGAGCUGGACGAGCCGCGGCGCCCUGUACGCCGAGCUGGACCUGGUCAGCUCGCCGCGGCUCUGCGACUACACGGGCCGCUACUUCUGCGCCCGCUGUCACCGCGGUGACCGAGCCAUCAUCCCUGCCCGUGCCAUCCGCAACUGGGACUUCCAUAGGUAUCCGGUGUCGUGCGGGGUGCGUGAGUACCUGGAGCUUAUGUUCGACCGGCCCGUGCUAGACGUAGAGGAGGCCAACCACCUGCUGUUCAGCUACGUGGAGGAGCUGGGACACGUACGGGAGCUGCGGCAGCGGCUGGUGCAGAUGCGACGGUGCGCGCUGCCGUGUCCGGCUGACGGGGCGCGCCUGCCCUCCUGGCUCGAGGCCCGGCCGCACCUGCUAGGCUCGCCACGCCUCUACAGCUUGCGCGACCUCAGCGACGUGUGGUCCGGCCAGCUGGCCGCUGUACUGGUGAAGGCGCACGAUCAGCUCGACGCACACCUCCGGAAGCGGUGUGAGACAUGCCGCCGCACCGCCCAGACGUGCCAGCUGUGCUGGGAGGGCGCCCCGCUGUUCCCGUUCGACGCGCAGGUGUCGGCCUGCGUCCACUGCCGGCACGUCAUGCACGCUCACUGUCGAGCGCUGCAGGCCGGCUCGUCGUGUCCGUGCUGCCAGCGGACCGACGCGUGCACCGACGCGGACGGGCCGGACGCACCCGGCGACGAGACGGACAGACGCCACGCGGACGGAGAAGAGGAGGCGACAGAGGAAGGCGACGGAGGAACAGUGGCUGGCGGUGGUAGGGAGUGCGGCGACGGGGCGGAGAGGGGCAGCGGAGACGGUGCGAACGGCGUGGAGCAACGGGUGCAGAGCGGAAGAAGGCGUGGAAAAGAUGGCACGGAGACAGAGAUGAGGCAGACGGGUGGGUCAGGAGCGGCCUUAGCCAGUGGGCUGCAACAGCCAGCCGGUACGCCGUCUGGGGCCGCCAGCCGGCUGGGAACGAGGCCCGUGAUCGACGGAGUGUCGGCCAGCUCGGCCGCGUGGCUCCGAGCGCUCGACAAGGACAGAGACAAGGACAAGGACAGGAGCAAGGACGGGAGCAGGCACGGCGUCCGGCCGUAGCCGGUGGCCCCUUACCAGCCCCCGGUAGAGGCUCAGUCUGUCGCCACCGUUAGCAGAGCGUGGCAGAGGGUAGCCGACUGAGGCGAACUUCAGAACUGUGCCGGUGGGUGCGGUGUUUGGCAGAAACCGGCGCGAAAAUGGCGUUGGGUGCUAUCCGCAGCCACGUUAGGGAACUGGACAAGUCUUCAUCUCUUUGAACUCACCUUUGACUUUUAAUGCCGUGUUUUUUGUUGAUGUCCUGAGUGUUGGGAAAGAUGUUCUGUGUUGUGGUAAAGCAUUCCAUGCACAAUGCGUCUAGAUAGUAAGUUUGCUUACCAGAUAGCCACUGCUUGACUGUCAGCACAGCAAGUUUACUAGAGGAUUGCGCUGAUUGGUGAUUUCAUGCAACAGCGUCAUGGCGCAACGGUGUUUGUGGCAAGUAGAAAACUUGUUCAAUCUAGAGAACCUACUCAAUCUGCAUGGCAGUCAGACACGUGUCCAGACUUAUCCUCUCAGGGGAGAAGCGGCAUGUGCCAUUUUUAAUUUGGUGUAAACCUCUCGGCUCAGGGGGAGGGUCCAUCCCCCACCCUGGCCCUUUGGUUACGUCCCUGAUGGUAGUGCAUUGUAGGACGGUGUCGUUUAAUGUCAUGUGGCUGUCUGUAACUGCGUGCAUGGAUUUUGACCAAACUACUGCCCAAGCUGUGAUUAAAAAGAAGACGGAUUUUAUCAUAUGGGCGAUGAUUUCAAUCUAGACAUUGCGUGUUUUGACUACCCUAGCUGAGAGUUUGAUUUUUGAGUUGUCUUUGUAAGCCGUCGCUGAACCAAUAUCAUCGAACGCGCACGA